GAAAACUCAUCAAGAUAAAAUUAUUUAUUAACUUUAUUUGUUUGUUGUUUCAUUGUUUGCAUGUUAGCAAACUUAUUCAAAAGCUAGUAAUUCUCUUUGCUCGUUAAAAUCGAGUUAAUACGAACAAAUCAUUACGUAUUCAACAUUCAGUAGUGCAUUCUACGAGUUCUGAGUAAUACGGUAUAUAGGGAAACGAAUCCUCUUUUUUCGCAGCUAAUAACCCUACCAUCCCGUUCAAUGGAGAGCCUGCCAUUCUUACCCGAGACGGUUUGCUACUUAUCCUUGCCUCACUGUGGCUCUCUUUAACGAACCCUCUGUAUCGGCCAAAUGCUGCUUUUAUCCUUGAAAUCUUCUCGAUGCGAAUAAUGGGAACCCACCAUUCGGCGCACUUUAACGAAUUGGAGGAGGAUAUCACCGCGCAAUAGAGUGCACACAAAACGGUAACGAAAUAACCACAUUCAGACACGGUGUGAUACGAAAGUGAACGGCCAGACCCAGGAUAUGGAAAUGUAUACAAAUGUUGCAUCCAGCGCUAACAAUGGAGAAUAAAGAAAACGAGAAGUCUAUGAUCGGGUCCGACCUUGAACUUUAGACUAGCGACAAGAGAUUUUUCCUCCUGAAUUUUCCAGUUUCGUUACUUGCCCGCUAUCUUUGUGCUGUAUAAUACGGUCUCAUUUGGAGUUUUCAUGGGCCCAUUACUGGCACGUUUCUCUGCAUUUACACAAGUUCGAAAAAACAUUCAUAAGGCAUGUAUUCACCUGUGCUUUGCGAACGAUUUUUUUUUAUUGAUCCAUGAGAAAAAUACCGUCAAUGUAUAACCAUUUAUGACAUAAUCUCUCAGCAAAUGGAUUCAAGAUUCGGGACUCUUAAUUCUCAAUACUACACAAGGAUGGGGCAAUAAAGAGAAAAGGGGUCUAACAUUAGUAGACAUUUUUGCACAUCUCUCUUGGCUAAGCAAAACUUCUCUAAUGUUCUCAACCGAACCGAAAAGUUGUCUAGGGCUUUAAUGUGUAUCAACUGACAUCGAAGAACGGACACGUCUUCCCCAUUGUUUCAACCACUGAGGAUGAUAUUUGUAUUUUGGGUGGCAGCUUUGUGGUUUAAUGGGAGUAAUUUUCCUGCAUUCACAACGAAGCGGCGAAUACGAAGGGCACGGGUUUUCGCUGUCACUGGUGUUCUGAAAUUCAUCUUUAAAUAGAGGUUAGGAAAAUGUACAGGGUUUUCCAUUUCGGGCUUCCGAAAGUAUACAGCCCUGCGCUGACAACCGUUUGACAUAGCUGUCAACCAAAGCGUCAUAUUGUUAGUUGAAUGUCUGCCAUUUUACAAUAUGGAUCGUUCUAGCAUCGCACAACGUGUUAAUUUUGUUAAAUUAUACUAUAAAAAUGAUGAAAAACCGGCAAAUGUUUUUCGAGCAUUACGGACGGAUUUUGGUCGUCAUGGACGGCCUACAGAGCACACAAUCGCUAAUGUAGUGCGUAAAUUCGAACAAACUGGAUCCGUAGCGGAUAUUGUGAAACCUGUGCAUCAUCGUAAUGUGCGUUCGGCUGAAAAUAUUGCUACUGUUGCUGCCAGUGUGGAGGAUGACCCAAAUGUUUCGAUUCCACGGCGUGUUCAGCAAUUGAGCUUGUCAAACACAUCAUUGUGGCGAAUUUUGCAUUUGUACUUGCACCUACAUCCAUAUAAAGUCCAACUGGUACAAAAAUUAGAGCGUGGUGACCAUGGAAUACGUCGGGCAUACGUCGAUUGUGUGAACGAACAACAGCAGCAAAAUGCUGAAUUUUCGCAUCAAAUUUUCUUCAGCAAUGAGGCACAUUUCGAGCUCGGUGGCUAUGUGAACACCCAAAAUUUCCGUAUAUGGGGCUCAGAAAAUCCACACGUGAUUGUUGAGAGGCCAUUGCAUCCGCCAAAAGUCACUGUUUGGUGCGCAUUACGGUCUGGUGGAGUCAUCGGGCCGUAUUUCUUUGAAAAUGAGGACGGCGAGACGGUAACUGUGAAUGGUGAGCGCUAUGACCGCAUGUUAACCGAUUUUUUUUGCCACAAAUUGAAGAUAUGGAUACGGAUGACAUGUGGUUUCAGCAGGACGGCGCCACGUGCCACACAACAAGACCGAACAUGGCCAUAUUGCGAACGAAAUUUGAGGGACGCAUAAUUUCGCGUUUUGGUGAUGCCAAUUGGCCGUCCAGAUCAUGCGAUUUGAACCCGCUAGACUUUUUUUUGUGAGGUUAUGCGAUAGACCGUGUCUAUGCCAACUCUCCGCAAACUCUUGAACAUUUGAAAGGUAACAUUCGUGAAAUUAUGACCGAGAUACCGCCCCAUAUGUGCCGAAAAGUCAUCGAAAAUUACCUGUUUCGGAUCAAGGUGUGCGAGGAAGCCCUAGGUGGACAUUUGAAUGAUGUUGUAUUUCACACAUAAUGGCAUAAACCAAACUUUAAUUUGAAAUAAAAGUUUCAUCGAAAUUCGAAUUCUAAGUGUGUUUUAUUUCAAUUCACUUUCGUAAUUUAAAGUUGGAAAACCCUGUAUAACGUUUGGUACUCUGAGUUGUGGUGAACGCUCAUCCCCAUUUUGAUCUGUGCAAUUAUGGUGGAAGUUUUCUGUUCAACCUUUCACACAGCGAAUAAUUAACUGAGCCACUCAAGAAUUCUUGAGAUUACUUCAAAAACCCAGAAGCGGGCAUUACCGAGUACGGGGAGGAAGGGAGACGAAGCAGAAUAAUUUAUAUUUUGUUUACCAGUCGUCAGUUUACUUCACAUGAACUUUAGAACCCGCUGGUAUCUAUGUUUCGUAUCCUCUCAUCACGUGUUGUCGGGCGAACGGAAUUAGAAACACGCCUAUUAAUCAUUCGUUUAAAAGCACAUCGGAGAAUUAACCUGCUAGAGAUGUGACGUUGGACGGUGAAAGUGAAGUUUCCCCGAAACAACCAAGCGCUGUGUGAACAAUCGCCAUGGAACAGUGAAUAAAUUGACACAAAAAACCCAUGCAAUGGAACGCUAAGCUCGGAAGUGAUAGAGGUGCGAUGUAAUCAGUGUUUGAUAGCGUAAAUCCCACACGAUGUGAAGCGCCAGCGAGCCAGCUCCUCUAAUCUUAGCAACGAAAACAAGAAUCUAUGAUUCGCGAAGCCUGCCGGUCAACUGGAUACAAUUAGCCGCCUUCUCAAAUCUUUCAUUACUGUCACCAUUCGCUCCAAACGGUACUACCCGAAAGUGACCUUCGAAGAAGCCCAGCUCGAGAUGGAAUCGGUAGGUCACGUGACGGUGCCGCUGCGUGUCGGCGGUAAGAAGAUGCGGAAGCGGCGCGAACUGGACGCCCUGGUGGCGCACUCUCUCGCCAAAAGCUCAGGAAAACGCCACAUCGCCGGAAACGGAAUAGCCUCCCACGAUCAGUUGCUCUCGAACUCGACCGACGAGCAAGAGGAUUACUCUUGGCAGCCGAAGGUGCGAGCCCAGUCCCGCUGCCGGAGGAAGCGAUUCUCCUGUCUGCGUACCUGUGGCCCACUCCUGCUCGUGUCCUGCAUCUUUCUCUCGCUUGGCUUCAUGUACUGGCUGUACUUUGACAUCAGACAGCAGGUCUCCGAGUACCGAAUCCGCAUCGAGCAAGUAUCUGCCUCUAGUCAAAAUUUGCCGGAAGCCUUACAAAGAUGGCACGAAACGUCCAAAACUCUCGAGCAAAAUCAAACUGCCCUGAACGGUAAGUUGCGCGAGGUUCAACAAGUGCUCAGCAAUUUCUCCGCAGAGCUCAAACAGCUGCGGGACACGAUAGAGAAGAAGAACGAAAAUUCCCAAGAAGCGCAGCUCAACAGCUUGAAGACCAAUGUGGCGGACAUCGGGUCCAAAAUUGGGGACGCCAUCGCGCGAAUAAGCGCCCUGGAGGAGCGCUACGCGGUCACCACAACCGACCAAAAAACGGUCCGGAAGAGUGUGGAUGAGUUACAGACCCUCAUCGCCCAAAUCCGCAACGGGUCGGCUCCGGCCUCCACGAAUAGUGCCACCAACAACGCCACAGAACAAAGCAUCGCCAACAUACGGGAGGAACUGUCCACCCAGAUCGCUAACCUAGCGCAGAACUUCACCACAGAGUUGGAAACAUUGAACCAGAAAAACAGCUGGCUCGAUAAGGAUCUGAAGAGCCACAAAACGUCCAUCGACCAGCUGGUUGAAAACUCAGCCAAUAUUUCGUCCCACGUGAAGUCGGUGGAGAACAUUUGGGUCGAGAUGAAGAACAAUCUCACCUACCUAGAUAGUGGAACCAGGCAGAUCUACAAUCAGCUUGAGAUGCUGCAAAAUGCCACUAACGGACUCAAAGGUUCAAUCAGUUCUGUUCGCGAAGAAUGCGACCACUACCACGCGCAGAACGAUGUGAUUGCUAACGAGAUUAGUUCGAUAAAAACUCGACUAGAAAAAGCUGAGAAGAAAGUUAUUCCCGCCACUGUUCCAACGACAAUUGCUACAGGGCCACCAAAGGAUCCCCUAUCGCAACUUUUCAACAAACCGACAGAAUCAACGGCUUCGAAGCCUUCUCAGUCAGCUCGAGAGCAAAAUUCACAUCAAGGAGUAUUCCCCGAAAGUCAACAGGCAGGGAAACAAGCAAGUGUAGCUCAACAACAACCGUCAGCAUCACCACCAUCCACUAGCGCCAUCACAACAACCACAACACUAACAAGUAACAGUCAGAACCUAAAAUCGGAUGCCACCUACAAUGGAAUGUAAAGCGUACGAAUCAGUGAUCUCUUCAUGUAUGGUUUCCUAUGUAAAGUGAAACAUUUUGUUUAAGGAACUAACAUAUUUUGUGAGUUUUGCCAAUUUUAACUCGUUUCACUCCGCACAUAGAAAACAUUGUAUUUAUACACGCUAAGAGCGAGUUGUUUGAACGAAAAACAUGAACUUUAGAAACGAAUGGUAUGCCGAUACUAAGUGGGCCCUAUUUGAUUAAGGUUUAGUGUUAGAAUCAAAGUUGUGUUUUAUUAGUGUGUGAAAAGAGGGUACACGGUAGUUAAGUAUAGCACAGAUUUAUAUCCCUGAUGCAAAAGCUACACCAAUAAACCACAGAAAAAAAAUCAUAGAAUAGAGAGUUCAUAUAGGAGCGACGAUGAGAACGAAAGGAACAAAGUUAAACAACAGAUUGAACGAAUUCCCUCUUCAUAUAUUUAGAUGAACAAAUCGUUUAUGAUCCCCAGUCAAAACCAAGUUAGUGAAAAUGCAAUUCGAUUUUAGCAUCUUUGAAAUCUAUUUAAUCAAAUCUUCGUAGAAUUAUAGCGCAAAUAAUAAUGAACAAUGAGAUAUUUUCUAACAAUAGCGCAUGAAGAAGACCGACAUCAGGAACGUUGGUAAAAAAAGAUACGUCGCAUGAGAGUACCUAUGUGAACUGGCAUGUUUAUCCAACAGAAACGCAGCAAUACUCCUGUUUUCCCCCCAAUAGAACCCAGAAUUGACAAAGACACUCUGGUGUUGGAAAGCUUUGACAAUUACCUAUAGGAUCUAGCGUUAGGCACAGUUAGUUUUCACAACCUAGCGCAGGAACGUUACAUAUAGUCGUUACUCCUCUCGAAACCCCUCAACGAAGAGGGCGAAACAAAGCUUGAUGCACUUCUGAUUAGUGUGCCAACUCAGCUCGAUACCGGAAACGGCACGCCGUUCGAUAUUUCUAGACGAUGAAGCAAAAUUUUUGUACUUAUUUUCGUUCGUUUUUCCGGUAGCAUACAAUGCGAGAAAGCAGCAAGCCAAACAAAGCCCAACCAGAAGCAUCAGUUUCGAUUUGCAUUAUGUAGAUAUCUUUGUAUUCCCAAGAGAGAAAAAAAACGCAGUGUAAAAUUUAAAACAAAAACCAAAAUACAACAGGGAAAACUUGAAGUCA